AAAUCGAUCGGAGGGAGAAUCAUGGAAGGCAGCAAAAGCGAGGCAGUGUUCGAUGCCAUGAAUCUGAAUCCUCAGCUUUUCAUCAACGAAACAAUCAACACCGUCGACGACGUUUUCGACGAAGCUUUUGAUUUCUAUAGCCGUGAAGCAUCCGCUUUUCUCAGAAUCAAUGAAGGAUCCGAUAAGAGGUCACAAGAGUUAUCAAACGGUAUUGAUCGUGUUCGUAAUAUGAUUCAAUCGAUUCUGGACAAACGCUUGAAAAUCUGGGAAGUCUAUUGUGUUAGAUACACUUUUGCAGUUCCUGAAGAAUUUGUGCUACCAGAGAGUGAUGAGUCGUCUGUCUACAGUAACCAAAAUAUCCAAGAUGGGUCAAAUGAUUUAGAGCUGGAUGCAGAAUUAGAUUCUCUAAGGCAUAAGCUUAAUUUGGUAGGAAAGAGGUCUGUUGAGCUUAACUCGGAGCUCCAGGCUUUAGAAAGAACUUCGGUUUCAAAUGAACAGUCUGCGAGACUCGUUAAUGAGGCUUUGCAGCUUUAUGAUGAAUCGUCUGUGGAUGAUAUGUUCAAAGAGAUGGCAAAAGUGGCAUCAGAACUUCGUGCAGGGAUCGAUAAGCUGAAAACAAGAAGAAUGAAAGCCGUUGAUGGAGCUAAAGGAGAGAGGCUAAAGAACGAUGGGAAAUAUUUUUCAGCGACGAAUUCUGAUGGAAAGCUUGAAGACCUUGAUAAGUUUCUGGCGGAAUUAAGAAAAAUGUGA